UUAGCAUGUUAGCAUCCAGGCGGCUAAUGCUAGUGUGGUCAUAUAGGACAUGUUGCUGUUAGCAUCCAGGCGGCUAAUGCUAGUGUGGUCAUAUAGGACAUGUUGCUGUUAGCAUCCAGGCGGCUAAUGCUAGUGUGGUCAUAUAGGACAUGCUGCUGUUAGCAUCCAGGCGGCUAAUGCUAGUGUGGUCAUAUAGGACAUGUUGCUGUUAGCAUCCAGGCGGCUAAUGCUAGUGUGGUCAUAUAGGACAUGCUGCUGUUAGCAUCCAGGCGGCUAAUGCUAGUGUGGUCAUAUAGGACAUGUUGCUGUUAGCAUCCAGGCGGCUAAUGCUAGUGUGGUCAUAUAGGACAUGCUGCUGUUAGCAUCCAGGCGGCUAAUGCUAGUGUGGUCAUAUAGGACAUGUUGCUGUUAGCAUCCAGGCGGCUAAUGCUAGUGUGGUCCUUUAUAGGACACUCCUGGAAAUUAAAAAUGUCAACCCUGAAGUGUUAUUGGAGGAUAUUACAAGACUUGUGCAAAAUGUUUCAUUUUUAUAUUGCAAAUCGAGGUCAAUUGAGUCAUUAUUAUUAUUAUAUUUAUUAUAGUAUCUUCCCCACAGCAACAAUAACACAUCAUUUGCAUCCAUCACCACUUUAUCUUUUACCUUUAAACUAUUUAUUAUCUUUUUAGACUAAUUAUUACAUGUGUAAUGUCUGAAUGUCUUUUUUUAAAAGCACCUUAUAUAUGAGAAGCACACAUACAUUUAGUUGUAUACUUUUUUAAUAGAAUGACAAUAAAGGAAAGCUGGAAUCUUGUUGAUUUACUGAUUGGUCAGAUGCCACAGUGUCACUAUCUGAUGGAGAAAUCCAUGUGGUUCUAUGAGCUCACGGAGAGAAAGGAGACCUGUUAUAGAUGUCUCAAGACUCAAGUUCCCAAAUAUGGUUCUUUGCCUGAUAAAGGGUUAAAGCUAUUGGCUUUUCAAAAUAAGAGUUUUGCUGCAGUGUAGCUGAAGCUGGCAGGUUCCCACAGUAUCUCUGCAUGGCAUUGCUACGCCUGCUUGGACUGAGCUUGAUUUCCUCUCUUUCUUAAUGAUUUAAUUGUAUGAGUGAGGGUUGUAUACAUUAAAUUUAGGUUAAUUACUUAGGUUGAUUAAUUUCUAUUUCUUUUCAUUUCUAUUUGUUUCUUUGAUUAGCGACGACCUGAUUUUCUUUGUUUUUCUUGUGUUAAAUUAUAUUUUGGAAUUGUGUAUUUUCUUUGAAUUAGGUAUUUUACUUUGAUUUCUAUUGGGCAGUUAUCAUUUGGAUAUUUAAAGGGUUUCUAGUUAUUCUUUGUACAUCUGUUUUCUAGGUUUAACCUGCCCAUUAAUUGUUUAUUUCCUGUUUGAGUUACAACUUCCCUAACUAUAUUUUAUCCCUGUUUCAGCUGUCGGAGGCCUGUGGUGGUGGUGGUGUCCCCUCGUUUGCUGUGCUGCCUGGUGUUGGUUACUUCAAAGUGUGUGUGGGUGAUUUAUUUCUAUUUAUUUAUUAUUUAUCUAUUUUGGGUGAACCACUCCCCGUUCCCUAACUCUUGUCCACCCGGUAAGCCUCUGCUCCUGACUAGUUCUAAUACUAUUAUUCCUUGAACCACGUCUCUUGCCAAGUGAAUAGAACCAACCUGUGUGUCUAGUAUUUAAGACCAAACUUCUCUAGGUGAAAUUCCGACGGUGGCGUUGUCGUACAACAGUGUAAAUUUCUCUUAAACAUAUCUGUUAGUGUAAUUAUUCACCCUACCCUCGCCACAGUUACGUCAACUAAAGUCGAUCACAAUCAGUCGGUUUCUGGAGUCUUUUAAUAUUCAAAUGCCUGCUUUGAUAAUAUUAUUAAAAAUAUUUAAAAAAGAUAAAGUCUGGGGGUCAUGCGCCGACAAAUUUUACCUAACGGAAUAUUUCACACUUUGAGUCUUAAUAACAAACUCCGUUAUUUCUGAACCAUGCUUAACCACGUUUUUUAAUUACACAUUUAUUAUUGUAAUUACAGUGAACCCUCGCUAUAACGCGGUUCACUUUUCACGGUCUCGCUGCUUCACGGAUUUGCAUCAUGCAUUGUGUUCUGCAUUCUGAUUGGCUAAACAGUCUCUCCGCGUCUUCUCUACCUGUGUGUCAAUAACGUUAUGGUUUAAUAUAAUGGCCCAGAAGAAAAAAGAGCGACAACAACUACCGAUAACUAUGUUCUUCUCUCCAAAAAACACACCUGCACCGCAGGCUUUAGAAGAAAAAAACGCCACAGAGCGGAGUCAGGAUGCAGCGGCUCAGUCAGAAGAGCAGUGAAAUACUGUACUGUACACGUGAGUCACUAUUUGUCCUACUGUACUUUGUAUUUUUUUUCAUAAUCAUUUUUCAUUUUCUCCCGUUCCAAUCCGUCACGGUGGGGCGGUGCUGAUCCCCGCAAUAUUAACCCUUCAGUUCGUAUUGAUGAUUAAAAUUAUUAUUUAUUUAUUUAUAACUAUAUUAUUUUACAGUACAGUAGUUAUUUGUAAAAAAACAAACAAACAAAAAAAAACCAACAAACGUUUAUACAGUACUUUUAUUUGUUAAACAAAUGCUUGGGCCUGUAAAAAGGUUUUGUUCCUUGCUUUCAAUGUUUUAUGGAGUAUUUCAUUGUAUAAUAACUGUAAAAAAAUAAAGGUUUCUACUUCACGGAUUUCGCCUAUCGCGGGUUCUUUUUGGAACGUAACCCCCGCGAUAAACGAGGGUUCACUGUACAUAGUUCAACACUUUAAAUUGGGCCGAGUGUUGCGUUGUCUUGAUGUAAUGGUAAAUUUAGUCAUAACAUUGCAUAAUGUUACCAUACUAACACGGUGAAGCUUUAUUUUCCAAACACACAGACAGUUUGAUUGUUUGACCUGAAGUAUUAGAAAAAUAAAUGACAACACUUAGUAUUACUUAUGACUUCAAUCACCAUACCGGUUUAAUAAUAUCUUCUUUAAUUCACUCCCGUUAGCAUUGAAGGCAGCAUUAGCUGGCUAACAAACUACUGUGAACGCUAAUAAUUGAUGAUUUAUAAAUAAAAUAAAACGAGAAUUACACUCACUAAACAAACUGGAGCCUGGGCUUCUUGUGCCAGCCAGCCUCAAGCGGCGAGGAGUUGCAGUUUUUGGUACUGCCGCAUAGGCUUCACAGCUCAGACCCGGAGGUUGCCGCUUGGUUAAUAUUAGCAGGUUCUUGGUUCAGAGAAACCGCGUCAGAGUGAGAUGUCUUAUUUUCGGUUUACAGAAAUCGCGUCGGAGUGAGCGCUCUGUUCAUUAAGGCCAGCUACGCUGUAUUUUUCCGUGUCAUGCCCAGAUGAGCAGAGUUGAGCACAGACAGCUAAACGGACUGCUGAAGUUACUUUGUUAAGAGUUUUCUGACGCUUUUGUCUUGGAGAAUAUUAAUGUCUUCACUCAGAGACUAAAUGGCUUCCGGAUCAGAGGUCGCAGUCUGCAGUCUGCAUGGUAAGAAACUCAAACUCUUCUGUCUGGACCAUCAGCAGCCAGUGUGUCUCGUCUGCAGAGACUCAGAAAAACACACCAACCACACAAUCAGACCCAUCGAAGAAGCUGCACAAGUCAAGGAGGAACCUCAGGAAACUCUGCAGCCUUUAAAGAAGAAGGUAAAGGUUUCUCAUAUAGAUAGAGGGAAGUUUGAUCGAGUAGCAGAACACAUUCAGGUCCAGGCCCGACACACAGAGACGCAGAUUAAGGAGCAGUUUAAGAAGCUCCACCAGUUUCUAAAAGAGGAAGAGGAGGCCAGGAUGGCUGCACUGAGGGAGGAAGAGGAGCAGAAGAGUCAGAUGAUGAAGGAGAAGAUGGAGGCUCUGAGCAGAGAGGACGAGCUGAGAGCUGAACACGGGAACUCAGAACUCCUGCCCUCAGGAACUCUGAUAGACGAGGCCAAACACCUGGGCAACCUGGCCUUCAACAUCUGGAACAAGAUGAAGGACCUGGUCUCCUACAGUCCUGUUGUUCUGGACCCAAACACUGCUGGUCCAGACCUCAUCCUGUCUGAAGAUCUGACCAGUGUGAGACAACGAGAGGAGUUCCAGCAGUUUCCUGAGAAUCCAGAGAGGAUUGAUUGUAAUUACACCUGCUCUGUUCUGGGCUCUGAGGGCUUUAACUCAGGGACUCACAGCUGGGAGGUCCAGGUUGGAGACAAUACAGACUGGGAACUGGGUGUGUCAGCAGAAUCUGCAGAGAGGAGAGGAGACAUACGGUCUGGAUUAUGGAUCAUAGGGUUAGACGACCAUGAAUACUCAUCAUGGACACCAUCAGAUAGACAAACUGUUCUCGUAGUGCAGAAGAAGCCUCAGAGGAUCAGAGUGAAUCUGGACUGGAACAGAGGAAAGCUGUCGUUCUCUGAUGCUGACACCAACACACACAUACACACCAUCACACACAAGUUCACUGAGACGAUGUUUCCAUAUUUUAAUUGUGGGGAUGAUGAUAAGCCACUGCAGGUUUUACCAGUGAAGGUCUCUGUGGCUACGUUUACAUGAUGAUGAUCUGAACAGAAGACGCAAAAGUGGCGUCGCGUCUUCACUCUUUAUUCCGCGAGUGUUUUCGGCAGGAAAUCUGCUGCAUACGGUGACACUAAAGUGUGUGAAUGUGAUUGUAUGCAGCCAGGCGGCAUCACUUAAAGCCAUAAGAGCAUCUUUGGGCAUGCAAAAGUUUUCACGCCACGUAUUUUCAUCAGCUACUCCUUCCACAAAGUUCUCCUCCAUCACUAGAUCUCCCAGGUCUCGUUCACAGCCGUCUGGCUCCUCCCACCAAUUGCUGCAUCCAGAAUGUGAUGGAGGUAAUUCCAGAUCCUUCUCCGUUCACUAAUACUAUCUGUACAUAUCCUGGACAUUUGGUGGAAAGACUCCUGUAAGUUUAUUAGAGCUGCCAGAGCAGCUUGAAGGUCCCACCAUGGAAAUAAUCCCACGUUUCUUUAUUUCCUGUCCUGGAGCAUGUAUGUGACGUAAACACAUACGUGACGUGAGCAGAUCAGAUCAGAGUUUUGUGUCUUGUCAGUGUAGACGACACGCUACGGCAGAGGAGAUUAAACUUUUACACUUUGGAGGGUGGUUUCACAUUUUUAAGUUUUUAAGACCCAAAAACGCCGUCACCGUCUAAACGAAAGGCACUUCCGAUAAAAUAUUUUGACGUUUUUACCCGUAAGCGUCCUGGUGUAAACGGGGCUGAGUCUGCAGGACAACAGGAAUAGACGAUCAGCAUCGUCCUGAAGUCUUUGAGGAACAUGUGACCACGUUGUCCACCAUUUAUUGUUUUUUCUUUUAUUGGUGUUUGGGUGUUGUAUAUAAAAAAUACUGUCAUAACAUAAAACAAGUUAUUUUACAGAUAAUUUAUUGAUAAAUAUAAAUAUAUCUGUAGAAUAACUAAAGUGUUUUUUACUUUGUGUUUUGACAACUUUUGCUGCCAGACUUUUUUCAGUAACUUUACAUUCAGCAAUAUGUGUAUGUUUUGUUUUUUACAUAUAAUCGACUGUCAUUUAACAUUCAAGACCAUUAAGCUUUUGAAGAAUACUGUAAAAAAAAAUCCGACCCAUUAUAUUAAUUUUCACAGGUUUCAACUUACAUGAUCUGCUUCAUAUUUGUAAUUACUCUAAUUAACUUUAUGGCAUUUUCACUGUUCAUGCAUUAUUGGGCUUUUAUUGUGAAGGGUGGGGCAGGUUUGUGGGCGUGGCUUAAAUGUCAGAUGUUUGUUUGAGUUUGUAAUAAAGACAAAAGUCUUAAA